AAACAGCAGAGUUAGUUUGAGUAGAAUCCGCGGCCGGGCAGCGACCUGGAGGCGCGCGGCGCGGGCCGGUGGCAGAGCCAUGGCGGGCGGGGAAGACCAGGGGGACGAGGAGCCAGUAUCAGUGGUGACGGUGAGGGUGCAGUACCUGGAAGACACCGACCCCUUCGCAUGUGCCAACUUCCCGGAGCCGCGCCGGCCCCCCACCUGCAGCCUCGACGGGGCGCUGCCCCUGGGCGCGCAGAUACCCGCGCUGCACCGCCUAGUGGGGGCACCGCUCAAGCUAGAGGACUGUGCCCUGCAAGUGUCUCCCUCUGGAUACUAUCUGGACCCCGAGCUGUCCCUGGAAGAGCAGCGGGAGAUGCUGGAAGGCUUUUACGAAGAGAUCAGCAAAGGGCGGAAGCCUACUCUGAUCCUGCGGACCCAACUCUCCGUGAGGGUCAAUGCUAUCUUGGAAAAGUUGUAUGGUUCCAGUGGCCCUGAGCUCCGCCGUUCCCUCUUCUCACUGAAGCAGAUCUUCCAGGAGGACAAGGACCUGGUGCCUGAAUUCGUGCACUCAGAGGGGCUGAGUUGCCUGAUCCGUGUGGGUGCCGCUGCUGACCACAACUACCAGAGCUACAUCCUUCGAGCACUGGGCCAGCUGAUGCUAUUUGUGGACGGAAUGCUGGGGAUAGUGGCCCACAGUGAGACUGUUCAGUGGCUAUACACACUAUGUGCCAGCCUGUCCCGCUUGGUGGUGAAGACAGCCCUGAAGCUGCUGCUGGUGUUUGUGGAAUACUCUGAGAACAAUGCACCACUGUUCAUCCACGCAGUCAACUCUGUGGCCAGCGCAACUGCAGGCGCUCUUCCUUGGGCCAAUCUGGUGUCCAUCCUGGAGGAGAAGAAUGGCGCUGACCCUGAGCUGUUGGUGUACACCGUUACCCUCAUCAACAAGACGCUGGCGGCGCUCCCAGACCAGGAUUCCUUCUACGACGUGACCGAUGCACUGGAGCAGCAGGGCAUGGAGGCACUGGUCCAGCGCCACUUGGGCGCCGCGGGCACUGACGUCGACCUGCGCACCCAGCUUGUGCUCUACGAGAGCGCCCUGAAGUUGGAGGAUGGCGACAUCGAGGAAGCCGCCGCCGCAGGUGGGCGGCGCGAGCGACGAAAACCAUCUUCCGAGGAGGGAAAGAGGAGCCGCCGAUCUCUGGAAGGCGGGGGCUGUCCAGCGCGCGCCCCGGAACCUGGCCCCACAGGCCCCGCCUCACCGAUAGGCCCCACCUCGUCUUCCACGGGCCCUGCCUUGCUGACCGGCCCCGCCUCCAGCCCCGUGGGAUCUGCCUCUAACCUCCUCGCCUCCGUGAACCUCUUUCCUGCCAUCUCUGUGGUACCCUCAGCCGACAGCUCCUGCGAGAGAAGCAUCUACAAACUUCACCAAACUGCUCCCGUUUGGGCCCCUGAGAGCCCAACUGUUCCCCAGUCCCCUACUGGGCAGGCCAGGCUGGAAGCCCGGUUCCUGGAGAAUGUGGCAGCAGCAGAAACAGAGAAGCAGGUGGUGCUGGCCCAGGGCCGGGCAGAAACGCUGGCUGGGGCCAUGCCCAAUGAGGCCAAUGGACACCCAGAUACCCGGGAACCAUGGGACUCCCAAGAGCCAGCCCCUGCACCCAGAACACCCCAGAGCCCUGCCCCCCGAGUCCUGCUCCGGGCCCAGCAAAGCCUUGCGUCAGAACCCAAGGAGCCAGUAGAGCCACCAAGCCCCAAGGCUGAGCCCAUCCGGCAGCUCCCUGCCCAUGCACCCAAACUCUGCAUUGGAGAUCUGGACUUCUCAGAUCUGGGGGAGGAUGAAGACCAGGACGUGCUGAACAUGGAAUCUGUGGAGGCCGGGAAAAGGGUCCCACCCCCACCACCCUCACUGCCCCUGCUCUCUGGAGGCCUCCCACCUCCCCCACCCCCACCUCUCCCACCUAUCAAAGGCCCUUUCCCACCACCUCCACCCCUGGCUGCCCCUCUUCCCUCCUCAGCACCUGAUGCCCCAGCCCUCCCCACCAAGAGGAAGACAGUAAAACUCUUCUGGCGGGAACUAAAGCUGGUUGGGGGCCAUGGAAGCCCUGGAAGCCGUUUUGGGCCCUGCCCCACCCUGUGGGCCUCCCUGGAGCCUGUCUCAGUGGACACAGCCCAGCUGGAACACUUGUUUGAGUCCCGUGCCAAGGACGUGCUACCCUCCAAGAAAGGUAGUGAAGGACGCCGGACAAUGACAACAGUCCUGGAUCCAAAGCGCAGCAAUGCCAUCAACAUUGGCCUAACCACACUGCCACCUGUGCAUGUCAUUAAGGCUGCCCUGCUCAACUUUGAUGAGUUUGCUGUCAGCAAGGAUGGCAUUGAGAAGCUACUGACCAUGAUGCCCACAGAGGAGGAGCGGCAGAAGAUUGAGGAAGCCCAGCUGGCCAACCCUGACAUACCCCUGGGACCAGCUGAGAAUUUUCUGAUGACUCUUGCUUCCAUUGGGGGCCUGGCUGCCCGCCUACAACUCUGGGCCUUCAAGCUGGACUAUGACAGCAUGGAGCGGGAAAUUGCAGAGCCACUAUUUGACCUGAAAGUGGGCAUGGAACAGCUGGUUCAGAAUUCCACCUUCCGCUGCAUCCUGGCUACUCUGCUAGCAGUGGGCAACUUCCUCAAUGGCUCCCAGAGCAGGGGCUUUGAACUGAGCUACCUGGAGAAGGUAUCAGAGGUGAAGGACACAGUGCGCCGGCAGUCACUGCUGCACCAUCUCUGCUCCCUGGUACUCCAGACCCAGCCUGAUUCCUCCGACCUCUACUCAGAAAUCCCUGCCCUGACCCGCUGUGCCAAGGUGGACUUUGAGCAGCUGACUGAAAACCUGGGGCAGCUGGAGCGCCGGAGCUUGGCAGCUGAGGAUAGUCUGCGGAGCUUGGCCAAGCAUGAGCUGGCCCCAGCCCUGCGUGCCCGCCUCACCCACUUCUUGGCCCAGUGUGCCCGCCGUGUUUCCAUGCUGAGGGUAGUGCACCGCCGUGUCUGCAACAGGUUCCACACCUUCUUGCUCUACCUGGGCUACAGCGUGCAGGCAGCCCGCGAAGUACGCAUCAUGCAGUUCUGCCACACACUGCGGGAGUUUGCACUCGAGUAUCGAACUUGCCGGGAGCGGGUGCUGCAGCAGCAGCAGAAGCGGGCCACAUACCGUGAGCGCAACAAGACCCGAGGACGCAUGAUCACUGAGACAGAGAAGUUCUCAGGUGUAACUGGGGAAGCCCCCAGCAACCCAUCUGUCCCAGUGGCUGUGGGCAGUGGGCCAGGCCGGGGUGAUGCUGACAGUCACGCCAGUAUGAAGAGUCUGCUGACCAGCAGGCCUGACAAUACCACACACAGCCGCCGCAGCAGAGGUAUGGUCCAGAGCAGCUCCCCAAUCUUGCCUACAACAGUGGGGCCCUCCUCUGCACCUCCAGAAGAACCCCCAGGCUCCAGUUUACCCAGUGAUACAUCAGAUGAGAUCAUGGACCUGCUGGUGCAGUCAGUGACCAAGAGCAGCCCUCGUGCCUUAGCUGCUCGAGAACGCAAGCGUUCCCGUGGCAACCGCAAGUCUUUGAGACGGACACUGAAGAGUGGGCUUGGAGACGACCUUGUGCAGGCACUGGGACUGAGCAAGGGUCCUGGCCUGGAGGUGUGAAGGUGCUGCCCUAGGAAACCUAUCUGGACCCUGGCGUGCAGUGCAAGAAACUAUAUAAGUAGAGCGAGGAGGGCCCAGAGCAGAAUUCUGGUCCCAGAGACCAGUGCCUUGAGCAGUAUUAGAUUUGUGUGUACGUGUACGUGUGCGUGUGCGUGCGCGUGCGCGCGCGCAUAUAUGUGUGAGCUCCCUGGACUCAUGGAGCAAAAUAAAGUUUUCCUAGCUAA